AUGGAUUUCCCUACACUGUUCGGUGAACAUGUUACUAAAGUUGAUGGGUCAGUCAUGAAUUUUGAGUGGAAUAGGAAGGGACAAGUUACAUUCAUUAAGCACUGCCCUUACAUCACGAUUUGCGAAGCAGGAUUCUUGGGGUAUCCGUUUAUCAGACAAUGGAUACAGGUCCUUACAUACUGUGUCUCACAGCUAUCAUGCAUUAAGUGCCAUUCUUCGCUAACAUCAGGCCAACCAUUUGACCAACACGGCUUGAAGACAGCUGCAAUGGUGUUGACAAGGUCAUAUAAUGCUUUGCAAGGUUGUCCUCUUGUCUUCAAAUUGAUUCCAUCAGUUGGCAUUAUUACCUUUGCCAUAUGGGGUCUUGCACCACUUAUGCGCCUGAGCAGAAAUCUGAUACUUCAUAAAAGUGAUGGUAGUUGGAAAAAGAGUAAUACUCAUUAUGUUACAACCUCGUAUAUUCAACCUAUGCUGCUAUGGAUGGGAGCAAUACUCAUAUGCAGGGCAUUGGAUCCAGUUGUUCUACCUACAGAAGCUAGCCAGAUUGUAAAGCAACGUCUUUUGGAUUUUAUAAGAUCAUUGUCAACUGUUCUGGCAUUUGCCUAUUGUUUAUCAAGUGUGAUUCAACAAGCACAGAAGUAUUUCAUGGAGACUAGUGACUCCGGUGAUACCAGAAAUAUGGGUUUUCAAUUUGCUGGGAAGGCUGUUUACUCUGCAGUAUGGGUUGCUGCUGUUUCAUUAUUCAUGGAGUUGCUAGGUUUCUCUACCCAAAAGUGGCUUACUGCAGGAGGUCUUGGGACAGUAUUACUGACGCUGGCUGGUCGUGAGAUCUUCACAAAUUUCCUGUCAAGUGCAAUGAUUCAUGCGACUCGGCCUUUUGUUGUGAAUGAAUGGAUUCAAACAAAAAUCGAAGGAUAUGAAGUAUCUGGCACUGUUGAGCAUGUGGGUUGGUGGUCACCAACAAUUGUUAGAGGUGAAGACCGUGAAGCAGUUCACAUUCCAAACCACCAGUUCACAGUGAAUGUCGUGAGAAAUCUCAGUCAAAAAACUCAUUGGCGUAUCAAAACUCACCUUGCUAUAAGUCACUUGGAUGUCCAUAAGAUAAAUAAUAUUGUUGCUGACAUGCGCAAAGUCUUGUCCAAGAAUCCUCAAGUUGAGCAGCAGAGGUUGCAUAGAAGAGUAUUUCUGGAUAAUGUUACUCCUGAGAAUCAAGCUCUUUUGAUCUUGGUUUCCUGUUUUGUGAAGACAUCACAUCAUGAAGAGUAUCUAUGCGUCAAGGAAGCUAUACUGUUGGAUCUUCUCAGAGUCAUUAGCCAUCAUAAGGCCCGACUUGCCACACCAAUUCGUACAGUUCAGAAAAUGUAUAGCGACACCGACUUGGACAAUGUACCAUUUGCAGAUACAAUAUAUAACCAUUCUGGAGUAACAUCCAGACGCCCACUCCUACUGAUUGAACCCUCGUACAAAAUAAAUGGAGAAGAUAAAAAAAGAGGCCGUAUGCAAACAAGUGGAGAGCGCGAUGGGAAAUCCACAAUGCGGCCAGCACCUGACUCCAAGGUCAGAGAAACACCAACUUCUGACACCAAGGCAGAUUCUAAAGUUGGAGCAACACCAGCAUCUGACUCCAAGACCAGAGAAACACCAUUAUCUGACACCAAGGCAGAUGCCAGGAGUGGAGAAAUGCCAAAUUUAAACACGAAGGAGGAUUCGAAGGGUGCAAAAUCAUCUAUUUCUUAUCCCCAAGUUGGUGACAAAGAAACAGGGAUGUCAACAUAUAAUUCUAUCUCCAAGAUGAAUUCUAGAGACACUGAAAAGUCUGAUUCUGACUCCAAAGCAGCCGGCACAGUAUCUGAUAAUUCGACGCAAAAUAUCUCUGAUAGAAAGCAACUUAAGACUGCAAGUUUAGGGAAUGUUAUUCCGAGCACUACUAAUAAACCUACAUUUUCCUCAUCCGAAGGUGGUGCUGACAAAACAAGUGGGUCAGCGGCUUCUCCAGUGAAACAGGAAGAUGAAAGGAUGCCAGUUCCAGAGCCACCACCAUCAAGGCCUGCUAUAGAAGAAAAUAUAGUGCUUGGUGUUGCUUUAGAGGGCUCAAAGAGAACCCUUCCUAUCGAGGAGGGGAUGGCUUCCCCUUCGCCUCAUGUAGCGGCAAAUGAUUUGGCAUCUAGCCGCAAAGGAAAUGCAUCUCCAAUUGCUGAUAAGGGAAAGAAAAAUUAUCAGGUUCCAGCUGCACCGGGUUCAACAUCUGGUAGUGAUUGA